AGGUGGCACUGUAGAGCCAUUUCAGUGAGAACUCCUACCAACUCACUUUACCACAAUAUGUCGUGAUCGCACUGGAUAAUCUUACGUUGUUUGUGAAGACCUGAAACAUUGGAACUUUUCGUAUCUAAAGCUGAAGAGUCCUAAUCCUCAGUCAAGAGGUGGAGCAACUCUGAACCAGCUGUCAUGGCCUCAGGCUUCCAAUCAUGCAGAACUUGUCCCUCAUAAGCCUCGCACCUAACGCACACAACUUUCUACGUGAACCACAUAUCUGCACUAUGACCACCUCCCAGAUGAAUGGCCAUGUAAGUGAGUCAGAAGACAGGGCAGCAGGUACCAGUGAUGCCCUGGACUUGUCUGGCCACUGGCACAGAGAGAUGGCUGUGGACUGCCCAGGUGAACUAGGUGCCCGCACACUGCCUGUACGUCGCAGUGCCCAGCUGGAACGCAUCCGGCAACAGCAGGAGGACCGCAGGAGAAGGGAAGAGGAGGGACGUAGCCGUCAAGAGCUUGAGGUCAACUCCUCCAUGCGCCUCAAGAAGCUGGCACAAAACCCCAAGGUGGGCAUUGACAACCCCACCUUUGAGCCCUUGGAAGGUCCUGGCAUGUCACUAGGGCAGCUGCAGGGCUUCAAUGGGGCACCAAGACUUUUGGAUUUGGAAGAGUUGCUGAUGUCUCUGAAGCAGGUACAGCACUGUCUGGGUGAUGCUCAAAGUCAGGAGGAUGUGGAACUGGUGCUACAGCUUGUACAGAAGCCUGACUUCCAGAAGGCCUUCAACAUCCACAAUGCUGUGGCACUACACAUGAACCGGCCAAGUCCUCCCUUUCCUGUCACAGACCGUGCACAAAGCCUUGCGCAUGAGGUCCAGGCAAUUCUGCACAACAGCUCGCAGAAAGAGAGUCUUGAUCUGAUCACUUUGCUCAAAAGCCCUCACAUGCUGGCACUUAUGCUGGCCCAUGACAGUGUGGCUGAGCAGGAGAUGCAACCAGAGUCUGUGGGUCCUCUUGAAAGCCCAUGCGAGACCCUCACACAGUGGGGAGGUGAGACUGUCAAGAUUGUACGUAUAGAGAAGUCCAAGGACAUCCCACUGGGAGCCACAGUGAGAAAUGACAUGGAUAGUGUGAUUAUUAGUCGGAUUGUGAAAGGAGGGGCAGCAGAGCGCAGUGGACUGCUUCAUGAAGGAGAUGAGAUAUUGGAGAUAAACGGAGUUGAGAUCCGAGGCAAAGAUGUCAAUGAAGUGUUUGAUAUCCUGGCAGAGAUGCAUGGCACGUUGACCUUUAUUCUGAUUCCCAGCCCGCAUAUUAAACCUCCUCCCAUUAAAGAGACUGUGGUGCAUGUGAAAGCACAUUUUGACUAUGACCCUUCUGAUGACCCGUAUGUACCGUGCCGGGAGUUGGGUCUCUGCUUUCAGAAAGGAGACAUUUUACAUAUCAUCAGCCAGGAUGACCCUAACUGGUGGCAGGCCUACAGAGAUGGAGAUGAAGAAAACCAACCACUAGCUGGGCUGGUGCCAGGUAAGACCUUUCAGCAGCAAAGAGAAGCCAUGAAACAAACAAUUGAAGAAGAUAAAGAACCUGAAAAAUCAGGGAAGCUGUGGUGUGCAAAGAAGAACAAGAAAAAGAGGAAGAAACUGCUAUAUAAUGCCAACAAGACUGAUGACUAUGACAAUGAGGAGAUUCUUACCUAUGAGGAGAUGGCACUGUAUCACCAGCCAGCUAAUCGCAAACGUCCCAUUGCUCUGAUUGGUCCUCCAAACUGUGGGCAGAAUGAGCUGAGACAGAGACUGCUGUCUAGUGAUCCUGAAAGAUUUGGAGGUGCUGUUCCUCACACUACACGGAACCGGAGAGAUGGUGAAGUGAAUGGGCGUGACUACCACUUUGUGUCAAGGCAAGCCUUUGAGAUGGAUGCUGCUGCAGGGAAGUUCAUUGAGUCGGGAGAGUUUGAGAAGAACCUCUAUGGCACCAGCACAGAUUCCGUGCGGCAGCUUAUCAAUAGCAGCAAGAUUUGCCUCCUGUGUCUGCACACCCAGUCUUUGAAGGUACUGCGCAGCUCUGACCUCAAGCCCUAUAUUAUCUUCAUUGCACCACCCUCCCAGGAACGACUACGUGCCCUCUUGGCUAAAGAUAACAAGAACCCAAAGCCUGAAGAGCUGAGGGACAUAAUUGAGAAAGCAAGGGAGAUGGAGCAGAACUUUGGGCACUUGUUCGAUGCUGCAAUUGUGAACACUGACCAGGAGAAGGCUUAUCAGGAGCUGUUGCGCCUCAUCAACAAACUGGACACAGAGCCUCAGUGGGUUCCUUCAUCUUGGCUGCGCUGAGAUUACUCUUCAUAAGACACACACACAAAACCCAACAUAACCAUGCUGUGCAUGGGCUUUGUAGAGUUUGGCUGAUUAUGUGACAGAAUAAUUGAAUAUUUGCUGUCUGGCAUUCUGUGUAUCUAUAUUUAUUCAUAAUCUGAACUCAUACACGAUUGUUUUAGUUCUAUUGACUUAAUAGACUGUUGAAUUAACAGCCCACAUUCUGAGCAAUAUAAGAAUUUUACCAGCAUAUGGUAGUCACAGUAGAGUCUUAGUGCUUUUGUACAACAUAAUUAUAAAUAACACAUUAUUUAUAAUUUGAAAAUUAUGUUUUCUAAUAAGAGUCAAGGGGUCUAGGUUUAUCAUCAGAGCUCUUCUGUACUGUUGACUGGGGACAGCCAUUAUAUAUUCUGCAGAUCAGUCCAUGUAACUGAGCUUGAAUCUCUGGAUUGUUUUUUUCAGCUAGAAACUACUUUCUGCAACACAGUAACUUAAAAUUUAUCAGUUCCCCUUGGCCUUUUUUUUUUGUCUCCCACUGUGGUGGAGAUGUCAUUCAUAUGCUUAAAUUUGAAUGGCUUGUGGCUACAAUUUUGUUAAGGACAGAUGUGGAUCAUUUACUUUUCCAAAACAUCCUGAUAUUGAUGAAGCACAGGCUUUGAGCUGCAUUAUAAGCCUUUCUUAUUAUGUAACUCUGACUUUUGGUGGAGACUGCAUCCUCUCUGAAUAACAAGGCUUCUAAGCCAUUAAAAAAAUCCAAAAGCUAUAACAGGCUGUUGCCCUCCCCAUUCCAGCUUACUCAGUUUUUCAUUCUGAUAGCAAUCAACACAACUGUUCAUGUAAUAACAAAUAAAUAGUGUAUGUGUGUGUCUGUGUUGAUUGUGGUUGAUUGAUUUCUGUUGCAGUAUUCACAUGCACUUCCAGACCUCAGAAGUGUGACCAGUAUUGUAAACAGUAUUUUGGAUUAAUACAAUAAGGUUCACCUACUGAGCGUAACUGCUACCCUUUUUUAAAAGUUAUGUCUUUUCUCUUGUUUAAAUGAAAUGUCAAUCCUGUCUUGUGUACACAUUUUCAUUACAUGCUGGUUUUCUAUGUUUUUUUUUUUUAUCUGUGAUGUGUUAGGGCUCUUAGAACUAUGGACUUAUUCUUAAAAGUGCUAUGUGGGAAAACAACUGUAUCUGUGUUGGUCACUUGUCCACCAUCUUGUAUAGAGUUCAUGAGUUUAUUGUUGAUGUUCUAAAUCUCCAGCAGAAUAUUGAUUGUUUAAAUUUAGAUCUGUUUAAAAGAAAGGCUGUCACUGAAAUGUAGAGGGAAGGCAAGUAUUAUCUUGUGGUUAAACACUGGAAACAGCUUUAUUAAAUUGUCUUAUAUUUCAAAAUCAGCUUAUAUAUUUAUAUUUACAAAAUAAAUCAUCCACACAAUAUAAUCCUUUUGUUUACUCGGUCUGGCCAGACCCAUUCCCUGCUGUCUAUAAUCAAUAUUCUCAACCCAGCUGAGAUAGCAGUAUGCUAAUUAACUGGAAGUAGAACUAAUGAAUGUAAAAAUAUCAAUCAUCUUUUUGUCUAAGUAAACUCCAGCUGAUUUUGGAUGCAUUGUACAUGUAAAUAAUUAAAAAUCCCGAUUGAUAGAAUGU